AUGUCUACCGUCAGCCAUACCAGCUACUUUGCGACGGGGCGGUUCGUAGGGAGGACCAUAAGGGCAGAGUUAAGUGAAAUCCAAGGCGCGGUGCGCGGGAGAAAGGAGAGGACCAAGCAGGUUCGGAACCAAGGAUCGGCGCGCCAUCGACCCAGUGAGGCUGCUCGCCCGUUACUUCCUUGCAAACGUCGAAACCGAACGCUGACGGGGUUCGUGUGUCCCGUGUCCACUUCGAAGCCGCCGGUCGUUCAGCUCCGUCUAUUCGAGGUCUUCGCUUUCGGUACCGCACAGCACAGCGAACGGGAGCUCGCGGAUGGAGAGUACAGGGAAUUCCAGACGUUGGGCCUGAUCUGCCGUGCCGAUCUCUUCCGUUUCGUCCGGGUGGAGGAGGAGAGUAACAACGACGGUUUGGUACUACCCUCGGGCGCGAUGGCCGCGUCGUCGAGCAGUGCAAGUUCCAGCUCGGAGCCGACUGGAGCCGACGCUUUCGAUGGCGCCGCGAGGCCCCCGGGCGAUUUCCACCAAGCGAUGCAGCCCUCUACCGUCGCCUCAGGCCCCGGCACUACCAUCUUCAUCUCGGACGCCACGGCCCAGCCAGAAUCCGUCGGGAAGGAGAAAAAGGCGAGCGCGCCCAGCGACCGGUCCGCGACCUGCCCGGUCGUCGGCGGCUGGGGCCGGAUAGACGAGUCUCGCUCGAUGGCGUCGGAGCUGUUCGGAGAACGCAGUACUCAAGCCACCGUCGUACACCACGGCGGCCGGUACAUGAUCGUGUUCGCUUUCUCGGACCUCUCCAUCCGGCAGACGGGCGAGUUCGUGUUGCGAUACAGCGCGUUCGACAUACACUCCACCGCCGUGCGGGUCGAGCUCGACAGCAGCAUCGACCCGGCUCUGCAAGCAUGGCAACCCGGGGUCGUCGCCAGCGCGAGCGCCUCGAGCUCGACGAUCCCGGUACUGGCGGAAUGCUACUCGCAGAAGACGAUCAGGAUCUGGGACACGAAGAGUUUUCCGGGCCUGGAAAAGUCGACGGCGCUGACGCAGGCGAUCGCGCGUCAGUCCAACGGCGUGCGCCCGCGGGUUCGACGGCAUAGUGAGAUGGACGAGCGCUCAGGAGUCAUGCGAGUAACGCAAAACAGCGAUACAGCCCUCGUGGAUUUCCGUACCGGCUGUAUAAAUGUUACCGCGAGGUAUGGCGAUAGUAUCAGCGAAAGCUCGAAACAGCGAAAGGACUGA